AUGCAGUCUCCUGGGCACGGGUCUUCGGCUGAUACUCCAGGUGAUCAUGCCGAGAUCACGUCUGAUGAGUUCACCAUUCAAGAGGUUUUGGAUAGCGAAGCCGCGUGCAAGGGGCCACCUCGCGGCACAGACAAUUUCGAACCGAAGCCUACCAACGAGAAGAAUCAGCCAGACCUUCAAUUGACUUCCACCAAACGGCCUCACGAACACACGUCUGACGAAGACGAAAGAAGAGUUCGCGUCAAAACCAACAGCACUCCACAAAGCCCAUCAACAUCGGAUGGCCUGCUUACACCACCUUCAGCACACGUCGGCGGACGAACUCCGGAUAUUGUGCGGAUUAUGGACUUCGUUGCAGCGGUCACUGGUGAUAUUGUUGCAGCUUUGGAAGAUAAAUCUUCGACCACCAGUGACCUUACACGCAAGACCGUUUUGAGUCAGUUACAAGAAGUGCUUGGUAUGCUUGUCCCUUGUGUAACGAAGGUCCGCGACAUAAGAGUCCUUGGCAUUGAGAUCGUCGGGCUUGCAGCUUUGGUAGAUCCCUCGCUCGAGUUUGAGGGAAUAUUCACUAUCAUCUCGUCGCCCUAUGCUGGCAGUAUCCCGACGCCACUGAAACCAGAUUACACCUACUUCCUCUCUAUCGGAGAUAUAUUCUGGGAUCGCGCGACGGAGUUUUCGGCCGACAAAAACUUGAAACCUGGUAUAAAGGCCGCCCCAAGUCCACAAGGAUUAGUUUGUGCUGCUUUCCGUCUGCACAUUGUCACAAAAGUGACGCCCCGAAAUGUGUGGGCAACAGUCUGUCGACUGAGUAGCGGCAAUGGGGUGUCACGCCUGAGCAAGGAGGACCUUUGGAUGUACUUCCAUCUUCACAGUGGCGCACACGGGAGGCUGCCACGAAGCAGGAAAGCUGAUCAUAACGAUACCCCACACGCAUCGCUGACAUAUACCCCGGACCGUGAUUACGAAGGCCCCAAGGUCGGUCAACACACACACUUCUGUGCGUUAGAUGCAGUACCGCACUACCCUAGCGAGGAAAUGGUACCUGUGGGGAGUCUUGAUGAUGAUAGUCGCAACCUCUUCCUUGGGGUCAAGGCCAAUGCAAACAGUCCAAGUGGAAACCUCGUCGCACGUCCGAUAGGCAUGGACCAAGCUGCGGUGGAGCGCGGCCUUGGGCUAGUAGACCGCUCUCCUCGCAAGGCUAUGCCUCUUGCACAGGCUGAGCGGACACGUGACAAACUGUUCCAUCAACUGCGCAUUCAUCCCUCCAAAGGGACUACCGCGAGAGAUUUCGUGACAAACUCCGCGAGAGAUCCCGCAAAUCUCCUCACAAAGUCAAGCGCGUUCAGCUCCGCGUACUCAGCGACAAUUCCCAAUGAAGAACAAACCAGGUCCUCAGUUGAUCACCCUCGAAACCAACCCGUCAACAAGGUCAGUCCAUUCAACGUCAUGCCUCACAUUCUUUUCAGCCCAGUAUCGCAUCCACACCAGCAAACAUCAGCGCAUGCUGCGGAUGCGGUGAGGGCAGGUCGAAGAUUUGGGGACGAAAGGGCCGGUACUCCAGCCACCGGCCAACGGGAAGCUCCUUCUCAUGCUAACACAAUGCCCAAGAUCGCUUCGAUUGCCAACCAACCUGCCAUGGCACAAACUUUACAUCAGCACGAUGGAGUAAUGACCAAUGCCAUCCUCAAUGUGACAGAGCAGAACCAGUCCCUCAAUCUCAACCACCCGGUAUCGAGCCCGCAAUCCAGUCCAGAGAGGAAACGUACCGAUGGGGAUGAUUAG